AUGUGGAGCAGCAAGCAGUUGGAUCCGGGAGAUUGGGUUGUCUGGGUCGAUCCACGGCAGAGUCGGCAGUUGUUCAAGCAAGAACCGAAGACCGGACAUGGAGGGGAGCAGCUGGGCUACGACUCGGACUUGGAGAGGGAGGGGAGGGGAAUGGGGGGUGAAGCCAGGAGGCUGAAGAAGCGGGGACAAUAG